AAGCGACAGGUAGACCUCAGAGCUCUGGGCAGUUUGAAAGUUUACUCAAUCCUCAAGAUGUUGAUGGACACUCAGGAGCUCAAUCCACUUAUCGCUGUUAAUCUCCAAGAACGGCUGCUCAAUGCGGAUACCAUGGAGGACGAGAUGCGCAUUCAAAAUCUUCCGUCGUGCUUGUCUCAUGGGACACUUCGACAUGGCCGUUGAGACGCGGCCGACUGCCGUGUUGUCGGCGACAACACGGCACGUGAGGAAGUUCUUGCGCCCGGUAUACAGGGGUGAUGAGAUCAACCUUACAUUGCAAGCCAUAUCCGAAGAAAGAUUCAGACUAGCAGUUUGGCUUCUGACUGACGGUGCGUCGGCAAACGGCGUCGAUGCUUCUGGAUGCUCAGCACUUCACCGGGCCGUCUUAUUGAGACACUGGCACCUCGCAUCGACGCUGCUCGAGCAUGGGGCUUCCGCAGAGGGCUUGGUUGGGUUUUGUUCAAGAAUGGAGCUGGCUCACUUCUGCGUCCUACAUGCCGACCUUGAAGGCAUCGCAUUCUUGGCUAAGGCGAGUCGCGGGGUAGCUCUGAAUGCUCUUUCUUCUGGGCCCGUUUUUACCGACUUCGCCCCGAUACACGUUGCAGCUUUCAGAGAGUCCGACUGGUGCCGGCUCUAUUCCAUCGGAACCCUCAUGACCGAAGGUGCUAGCCUUCGACCUACCAAAGCCCAUGGUUUCGCAACAUCGAAAACUAUAUACAGUUUAAGCCGUCCCGGAGUCGAUUUCAGCAGCAAGAGUAUUUUCCUUUUGGCGACGACAACACGGAAGUUUGUUUCGCUGUACUGUCGCGAUCUACUCAACGCAUCAGAUUUGCAUCAAGGUACAGUCACAUUAGGCGAGACGACUGUCCUAGAAUACUUUCGAAAUUCGUUGGAAUCGAUGGAUAGUUUUCUCAAGCAUCCACGUGACUCGAGGUUUCCAAUGACAGACUUGAUUUUGUCUCUACGAGAAAUCACAGGGGCCUUGUCGCAUCUUGACAAAAAGGACACAGCCCGAGGCUUCCCUAUGGUUGGCGCAGUGUCGAGCUCGACGCUUCUUACAUGGCAGGUGCAGAUGAGACUUUUGCAGAUCGUAGAUCUCAUCCUGAAAAGCACCGUCUCGGUUCGGUCUGUGCCGCUGCCGAGGACACCCAAGACGAUACCCGUGGUUUUGUAUGCCGACCUUCUGCACACAUCAAUAGCCUCUAAGCCCACUGCUUUAGAUGGAGAUUGUAUGACAUCGACAAGUCAGUUCGCACAACAAUUCCGGCACUUCCGACAUAUCUUAGAAGAAUGUUUUGAUGCCAAUGGUCUCCCAUGGCUUUUGCAGUGCUCACUCAUCCUUGGUGCAAAUUUCCAAGCUGGAGCUCUGGUUCAUUUCGCGUCCAGUCUUGACGUCACCUAUUUGAGUAGCUCAUGGCUUUUGAGCGAUCAAGAUUCUCAUCAAACGCCGAUUGCUGUACGAAAAGAGCUCCGAUCUAUGGGUUGCAGAGAGGAUAUUCUGGAUACGCUUGACGAGGUCUUAUUUAACCUCAAGGCGCAACCAGGACUCGAGUUCCCACAAAGACGUCUGCCAAUGACAUUCUUGGAGAGUUUUGAAACAUAA